CCGGGGUUCCCCUGGCAAGGUCGAUGCAUGUCCGUAUCACUGGCUGACCCGUUUCGAGGCUUCGCGAUCAACUUCUCUCACGCUGACAAGCCCGAUGAUCAUGAUAUAAUUGCCUACGAUGCUCGAAACAAGUUGACCGGGCUUUCCUUCCAAUCUGACAGCUCCCAUCCUCCCUAUGAUCCACACCAUCAUGCGGCAGCACCCCUGCUGCCUCAUCCCGCACCUCAGACCAAUGGAUAUCAUGACCCGCAGCCGACCUAUGUCUCUACGCAUCAAAUGCUACCCCCGCCGCACUAUGGCUAUGAGCUCACGCCGCCCCAAGAUACUGGGAAGCGGAAACGCUCCGGAUCUGACGGCGAAGAUAAUCGUCAUAUGGACCACACCUUUGGACCGCGAGAGCCCCUGCCAGCACUGGCUAUUGACAGCACGACCGUCACCGAACAAGAGAGCACAUUGUUUGCUGGCCACGCCGACGCUUCUACAUCGCUGGCACCCUCGGCGCAUGUAUAUGCACCGCCGAUUGCUCUCCCAGUUCCACAGCAGCAUCAUCACCACCGUCUUCCCGCCCAACUUUUAAGUGCUCAUGACACGUCGCCCACAACCUCCAGCGGUCCUCCAAGCGUAGUUGGCCAGCCGGGGAUGCCUGAUCCGGCGCCUCGACCUCGAGGCCCUAAGCUGAAAUUCACGCCCGAGGAGGAUGCGCUACUAGUGGACUUGAAAGAGGAAAAGAAUCUGACUUGGAAACAAAUUGCGGACUUUUUCCCUGGGCGAACGAGUGGUACAUUGCAGGUGAGGUACUGCACGAAACUCAAGGCGAAAGAUGUGGUCUGGACAGAUGAGAUGCUAUCACGACUUCAACGCGCACUGAGCGACUAUGAGCAUGACAAGUGGCGGAUCAUCGCUGGGAAGGUUGGCAAUGGAUUUACGCCAGCUGCGUGUCGAGAGCGCGCAGCGCAUUUCCAGCCAUAUGAGGCAAUCGAGGGCUUCCAGCAGGGUCAAGAAAUGCAGAGGGCUCAGGAUGCUCAAGAUGUCCAUACUCACGGGUCAAUUCAUAGUGGAGAUUCUCUAUGA